GAGCUGCAAUAUUUCAGAAAGAAAUAGGACUUUUCCAGCCCUGCAUGAACCCAAAGCCCAAAGGUCUUGCGCAUCUGUCUUUACCAGGUUUGUCAAACCUCAAACUCCGCCCACCUGUCAUGCAAGAGUUCAAACAUUGAGUGUCCACAGUCCACACACUCCGUCUUGUUGGUCAAACCUGGCAUGACGUGCAAGACUGACUCUUUUAGUGGCCUCAGUUGCUACUUGCUAGCACUUCAGAUGCAAGACUGUUGAUUAGAUUGAGCAUGUGUCAUGUGAACAGGGCUUCACUCUUAAUUCUAAUGAGAGGUUGUAGAGCAAAGUACAUAAACACAGAAGGUUGGAACAAAGUAAACUAAAUGCUGCAUUCAUUGUUGUGACAUUAGGAAUAAACUGUUGUGACAGUUUAUCACUUAUAAAUUAGCAAACACUUGUGAGACUAGCAAUAAAUUGCAUUUUUAAAUUUGGUUCUAAAAUGAAUUAUUAUUACACGAUUGUUAAUUACAUGUAGAUGCCACACUUUCACAUUCCAUAUUCUGAUGCACUUCUUCAUGAGCAUUGCCUGAAAUGUCUUGAACUGUUCAUCUUCUGUUUGGAAUCAGCAACUCUGGAUUUUCUUGCAAGAGGAGAUGGUAAAGGAGGUCCUCAAGCACUUCUAAAACAACUAUCAUUAUCCACAUGGAACCCUCUAGAGUCUAGAGUCUAAACCGUGAAGAAUGAAGACAGUAAAAUGAAGGGACCUUUUUAAAUUACUUGUAAAGCAUUGAACUGAAACAUUGAGUUCGACAUGUCAGGAUAAAAAAUACCACAUCUUUAAGACAUGGUUGUGCACAUCCUGUACCACUUUUCUCACUUUUGGGCUGCUCUCACUCUCUCUGCCGGCCCAUUUCAAUGCUUAUGGUCAUAUCAUUGGAAAUGCUGCAUUGUAUUUUUUGUGUUUUUUAAAUACUUUCUCUCUGUGCCUAUUUAUUCCAUUUGUUCAUGGGAACUGGGACUUGAUUGUCACAAGUGGAUCUACUGCCGUCAGUGCCCGUGCUUGCAGGAGCCUUCCUUUUACGUUCUGUUAACUGUUGAGCAAAUCAAGUUACCAUAAAGUGAAUGUGGUAUGAAGUUUUAGCAAUUGGAAAAGCUUGUGUAAUAACCUAGACAGGAAAUGAAUUUUGUUCAAUGGCCAAGGAAAUAUUUGCUGCACUGAAAAAACAUGAUCUCCAUGCACUGGAAAACAUCUUAUUGGCUCAAGGUCAACCUAUAAUAUGGCCCUCUAUUGUACAAAAAUCUUCUCAGGACACAGCUCUUCAUUUGGCUUCAAAAUAUUUAUGCUCAGCAGACAUUAUUCGAUACCUCUUGGACCAAGGAGCAGGAGUUUGUUUAGAGCAGCGCAACACUGAUGGAAAGAGACCUCUUCAUGAGGCUGCUCAAUGUGGCAACUUGGCAGCUGUCAAGAUUUUAAUCCUUGCUGGGUCCAAUGUUGAUUCUUUGAACCGAGCUGAGUGGACACCACUCAUGAUGGCAGCGUCUAAACCCUCUACAGAGUCACUUUGUAUUGUCAAAGAACUCAUUGCAGCUGGUAGUAAUUUAGCCCUACUAAAUAAGGAUGGUUGGAGUGCAGCACACAUUUGCUGUCGGAGUGGCAGCGUUGAUGUGCUUCAGCUGCUGCUGCUGUCCUUGGAGCACUGCUGCUGCAUUUCCAGCAAGAAUGGCAGGACUGCCCUCCACACCGCUGCCCUGCACGGUCGCACGGAUGUGUUGGAGGCACUCAGAGAGCACUGUUCCUGCUGCCUUAACAGCAACCGUAAGGACCAGUGUGGCUUGUCACCGUUCAUGGACGCCGCGUGUGGCGGUCACGUGGGCACCGCGCGUGCCCUCAUCUCCCUCUGGCCUGACACGGACGUGCGUCUCACUGACGCCCGAGGACGAUCUGCUCUUCAGAUAGCCUCAGAAACUGGCCAGCUGGAGACGGUCAAGUUUUUAGUGCAGGAGUUGCUCCUCGACCCUCAGCACUGCGAUAUAAUAGGUCAGAACUGCGUGCACAGCGCAGCGAGGGCCGGACACAGCCAUGUGCUGCAGUGGCUCAUCAGCUGUGCAGGCUGUCCCGCCGACACGCUGGACCACAACGGCCGCUCAGCUCUCGACCUUGCUUCAGCUGCAAACCACUCGAAGUGUGUUGAACUGCUCAGCAGACCCAAAACUUCGCCUCCUUCCUAACGAGAAGCAAGACAAAUAAAUGCUAAAAAUUGC